AUGGCCCGCUUGUCUGGUCUGCAAAAGGAGGUCCUCGGACUCUACCGCAAGUGUCUGCGCGAGUGCCGCAAAAAGCCGGAAGCCACCCGGGCUCACUUCAAGGCCUUUGCUAGAACCGAGUUUGAAAAGAACAUCAAGGUCGACAAGAGAGACUUUUCCGCCAUCGAGUUCCUCCUACGCAAGGGGUCGCGCCAGCUGGAAAUGUACGCUUCGCCCGGAGUCAAGGAUAUCAGAUAG